UCUAAGACUGAGGAUGGUAAAUUUAAUCAAUUUGACAAAGGUGAAAAACUCGGUUGUGGUGGUUAUGGGAUUGUUUAUAAAGCUACGGAUCGUCAUAAUGGCAAAUAUUAUGCCAUUAAAUCUUGUGAUUUAACUAAUCUUGGUGACAAAGAGAAAUUUUAUGUAUUACAAGAAACUGUACACUUAAUUAAAGUUGCCUCGGACUAUGUGGUUGAAUAUAACUACUCGUGGUUCCAACAAAAUUGCUUGUAUUUUCAAAUGGAACUAUGUUGGGGCAGUUUAUCUGAUUUUUUGGAAACAAAAAUGAAUGUGUUUGGUAGACUACAAGGUCAAUUGAUGACAGAUAUCGAAUUAUACAUAUCUUAUGAAAUUUUUCGCGAACUCAUUGAGUGUUUGGAGUAUUUGCAUCAAGAACAAAUUAUUCACAGAGACCUCAAACCAGCUAAUGUUUUGAUUACAAAAACGGGGAUCAGUUAUACGAAAAAUGGGACCAAAAAUCGUCGAUUCGUUAAGAUAUGUGACUUCGGUUUGUCGAAAGGUUUCUACGAAUAUAGAUUAGCAGGUGAUAAACAAACGCCAGAUAAAGGAACAGUUGGACCAUAUAUGGCACCUGAAGCUAUACAAGAUGAUUAUAACCACAAAAUUGAUAUUUAUAGCCUGGCCAUGAUUGGGGCAGAUAUUUUUGAAAUUGAUAAAGAUAACUUACAAAAUUUUCGG